GCCGGGGCCAUCGUCGGCACUUCUGGCUUUCUGGCUCCACUGGUGGCAGGCCUGCCGCUUCGGGCCUGCUGGCGGGUGUUGGGCUGGAGCCAGGAGCCCUUGCUUCAGGAGAUUUGGAGCGCCCCCCGGGGCGUCCUUUUCGCGGCCUUGGUGGGGGCCUGGUGCUGCGGCACCUGCUUCGUGUUGGGCGUUUGGUUUGAGCACACCGUGUUUGUGCGCGUGGGCUGCCUCCUGGUUUUGAACGCUUCCGUCUUCGGGCUGCUGGCUGCUUACAGCUUCAUUCGCUUCGUGUCGCAGGCGCCAGAGCCGGAAGAGUCCCAGGUGACCAUGCUUCAGAAGUUUGAGAACAUUGAGGUUGAUGGGAGAGAGGUACGCCUGAGGAUCUUCCUGCCAGCAAAAGAUGCAGGCGAGGACAAGAAGGUGCCUGCCGUCGUCAUGGUCUGCGGCUUGCUUUGGUUCGGCGAGGGCCUCUUGGGCUUCAUCGGGCUCAACUUCAACGACGCCUUUGGCUAUGCCUUCGCGCGUCAGGGCGUGCCAUGCGUGCAGAUCCACACCCCGCAGCGCCACAUUGCGCACACCCGGGUCAUGGACCUGGCGGCGGCUGUCUGUGCGCCGCUCUACCUGGUGCCUGGCUUGCGGUUUCUGCUCCUGGCCUCGGACGUCUUGAUGUUGCUAACGUCCAAGAAGGACAUCUGGCUUCUGAUGUUGGCUGUGGUUGGUCCUGGGCUCAUGGACGCGGUGCUGGCGACCUCGCUUGCCCUGCCGAUGCUGCUCCUGGGUCCGCUGGGAUGGCUGCUGGGCGUUGCUUACCUCGCCGCCGGACUUGUAGUGUUGCCGCUGCUCCAUGGGGCCGUGCGUCUUGGCCAGUACGUGUCCAAUGAGUUGGACAUGGAGGGCAAGGACCGACGGGACUACCUCAAGGAGGUGGAGGCGGCCGUGACGUGGGCUGAGGAGAAUGAAGAAUCUCUCGGUAGCGAUGGACGCCUGGUGCUUUGUGGCUAUUCUUCAGGUGGCCACGUGGCUGCCUUGUACGGCCUGCAGAACUGCGCAACUCCCGGCAACAGCGACCGCCGCUUUGAGGCAGUGGUACUCGUCUCAGGCAUCUACGACCUGCGCACUGAGGGCUGGCAGGGGGCAAAGCGUGUCCUGGCGCCCGUCCACAACAUGCUCUACGGGGACAUCCUUGGUGCUGACUCCGAUGAAAAGAGGGCGGCUGCCUCUCCAGCAGCGGUGGUGCAGUCCUCCAAGCAGAAGGAGUUGGACAGCGGCUGCACCUGGUGGCUCCUCAACGCCAAGAUGGAGCUGAUGAGGCUGCCGUUGCUGGAGGACAUCCUCUUCAGUUGCACGGGCUUCGCGGCGGAUCUGAAGGCCAAAGGCGCCACUGUGAGGCGUGCCGAGUGUGGCUACAACCACUGGCUGUUGAUCUUCGGCUUCCCGACCUUCGCGGAGUCCUUCUGCGAGAGUUUGAAGCAGGAAGGGUGUUUUGGGGUCGGUAGCAUGGCGUCGCUGCAGAAUGCAAAGGAGACCCAGGCCAAGCUCCUGGAGUACGAGGUGAAGGCAUGCAAGCACACCAUGCUGCCCAGCUCGCCCCGGGCCCUGGGGCUUUCGGAAUUUCGGCUCAAGAGAACCGACCAGAUGUCCUGGACCUUGUGGAACUUCAGGCUUCAGAUCCUCGCAGAGGCCGCCAUCACCCAGCGGGACUACCUGCGCGCCGAGCCGCUGGUGCGAGAGUCCCUGGGGUGCUUUCUCAAGGAGCGCCUCUCCUGGGAGUAUGUGAGCCUCGGUGAUGCGUCUGUCUUCCAGCCCUUCUUCCCCAGCUGUGCCGUAGUCUCCAGCGGGGGCGCGCACUUGCUGCGCCCACGCAGGGGCGAGGAGAUCGAUGCCCACAGCGCGGUCUUCCGCUUCAACGACGCGCCGGCGGAUCGGCGCUUCGCGGAUUUCGUGGGCAGCAAAACAACCAUCCGCGUGAUCAACCACUUUCAGACGGGAGACAUGAGCCAGGAGGAUUGUUGGUACCUGCUCUCGGAGUCCUUCACACCGCAGGGCACCUUUUUCGAGCAGCAGCAGAGGUUGGGCAGAUUGCUGCGCUGCCAGCUGAACGAUGAGAAGAACGGGGCCAUGGCCUUCCUCAUCACCCAGGCAGUCCACGAGCUCUUCGAGUUCCCCAGCUGGGGCCAGGAGGGCUUCAGGGUCAGCAGUGGCAGCGCGGGCAUGAUCAUGGCCCUGAAUCUCUGCGGGGUGGUGGAUGCCUACGACAUGACCAGCUCGGAGCUGUCGCGUCAGGCGCUGUAUCACUACUACGACAACAGCUCAGGCUUUGGGGAUGAAAACUGGCACCACAUCUUCCAUGCGGAGCAAACCCUUUGGGAGCACUUGGCGGAGCCUCCGACUGAGGCCGAGAAAGCCAAGGGGAAGAUCUCCAUCCUGGGCUUUCCCAGCUUGGACUGCCAAAAGCAGCCUGCGCUUCCUCCGAGGUUGCCGCUGCCUGCUGGCCUCGCCUCGGAGGUCGUCCCGAGGGUGCGGAGGAAGGGCGGUGUGUCCAUGUUCAUCGAAACGCUUUGUGUCCUUGGUGCAGUGCUGUGCCUUGCGAAGGCCUGGCGCCGUGGCGGCCAGGCGCCCCAUUUCGACCGCAUCCUGGUGGUCUACGUGGCGCUGAACCUUGCCUUGCAGAUGCUGGUGAAGCGAGAGCACGAGGAGAGGCAGAAGCCAGCCGAUUCGCCUUCCGAGGCUGCGGACCUCACCAGGGCCUUGGUCAUCACCUCCCUGGCCGAGGCUUUGAAGUUGCUUGUGUCGCGCGCCAUGGCGGACCAGCGGCUUUGCCGGGAGGCCCUCUGGAUGAUGACUCCUGGCGCGAUCAUCUACACGCUCAACAACAUGCUGGCCAUGUACUGCGUCUCGGUGCGGGCGUUGAACUCGGCGGUGCUCUGGGCGGACACCAACAUCGUCUUUGGGGCCUGCUUUUGGAUGCUCGCCUUCCGGCAAUGGAUCUGCCAAGAGCGGUGCCUGGGCCUCGCCUUCGUGAUGGCCGGCUGUGCCUUUGAUGGGCUCGGCGCGGGCGCGGACUGGCGUAUCAGCUUGUCCGUGCUCUCUGCCCUUCUCAGCUCCCUGGGGGCUGUGGUCAUGGAACGCGCCGUGAAGUCCGAAGCCUUGAAGGACAAGAGCAUACACUCCUUGAACGAGCAUUUGUACGUCCAGACAGUUGCCUUCGGCGCGGUGCUCAUUUGCGCGAUGCUGGCGGCACAAGGCCGACACCUCGAGCCCAGUGUGGUGAGGUCAUUCUCCCCCAUCACGGUGCUCAUCAUCAUCCUGCAGGCAGCGCUGGGCAUGGUGGUCAGCGUCGUGCUGAAGAAGACGGACGCUGUGUCCAAAGUGGUGGCAAGCUGUCUGCGGCAGCCAGUUCUGGUCCUGCUUGCUCCUUUCUUCGUCAGAGAGACGAAGAAUGACAUUAUCUCUAUCCAGAGUGCCUUUCUUGUGGCGUGCGGCUGCUUGAUCUACUUCAUCGCCAAGUCCAAACCUGCGCCAGAGCCUGAACCGCCUGCGCGGCCGAUGGGCUCUGGGUUCUCAAGGUGGCCGCUGCGGCUGAAAGCCGGGGUUGGGCCUGCCGCUCCACUCUGA